AUGGCUAUUGACGAGAAGCCUCUUAAUCCUCUUGAUUCAAGCCAUGGCGAUUCUGCUCCUUCUUCAAAUCAGGCCGAGGAAUCCUCAGCUAUAACGGAAGAGGCUUGUACAAAUGUUCAACAAUGGAAGCGAAAGAAUCUCUCUUUGCAGAUACCUUCCAGAGCAACUGGUCUCUCUCCUGAAGAUUCGGUUGUAAUCAAAAUGCCUCCAACGCCUAGUCCAACUCCGAGAAAAGUGAACUUUGCUUUGACUUCGAGCUCUCCGGUUCCUACUCCUUCUUCUUCAUCUGUUCUCGCGCGUAGCAAAUCGUCCCUGAAGAAUCUAUUGCCAAAAGGGUUGAAGCCAAAAAUCUCUAAUACCGAUAUCGAGAAGGGACAAGGGGAUGCUUGUUCUCCUUCUGUAUUGCAGGAGAAGGCUUCGAUAUCGAGGUCAUUAUCACUUUCAAAGUUAUUUACGCCUAGGAUCAAGAGAACUUCGUCUCUACCUGUGACUCCCAUUGUUCUUUCAAAGUCAGAGUCAGCUCACGGAGGAAGCGCUGCUGCUCCGUUAACUCCAAGCAGCAAAGGGAGUGUGCAGAUAGCUCGCUCUCGCUCUGUGCCUGUUAAUGUUAAUGACAAGGAAGGAAGCCUAAAUAGAAUGGAUUCAUUCUUCAGAGUAAUUCCUUCGACUCCUCGUGUAAAGGAAGGAGACAUGUUUCCAAAUGCAUCAGAGGCUAAUGAUACUGAAACCGGUGAAGCUGAUGGAGAAGACAUACGUGAGGAUGAAGCGGUUUGUAGGAUUUGUUUGGUAGAGCUCUGUGAAGGAGGAGAAACCUUAAAAAUGGAGUGUAGUUGCAAAGGAGAACUUGCUCUUGCUCACAAAGAUUGUGCUCUUAAAUGGUUCACCAUAAAGGGUAACAAGACCUGUGAGGUGUGUAAACAAGAAGUUAAGAACUUACCUGUAACACUCUUGCGGAUCCAAAGCAUUCGAAAUUCCGGUAUUCAUCAGCUAGAUGUCACUGGUUACAGGGUAUGGCAGGAGGUGCCGGUUCUAGUAAUCAUCAGCAUGCUCGCUUACUUCUGCUUCCUCGAGCAGCUCCUGGUUGAGAAAAUGGGAACAGGCGCAAUCGCGAUAUCUCUGCCAUUUUCUUGUAUUCUUGGUCUUCUUGCAUCCAUGACCGCAUCAACCAUGGUAAUGAGAAGAUUUGUUUGGAUUUACGCAUCUGUCCAGUUUGCUCUGGUUGUUCUCUUCGCCCACAUAUUUUACUCCGUGGUGAAGCUGCAACCGGUUCUAUCAGUGCUUCUGUCAACAUUUGCUGGAUUUGGUGUAUGCAUAUGCGGAAGUUCAGUGAUGGUUGAGUUUGUGAGAUGGAAACGAAGAUGGCGAGCACGAAGGCUAGAGCAACAGCUGAACCAUACUCAGACGCAACCACCACAAACGCUGGAUGCAACAACCUCUAUGCAUCAUCCAAAUGCGUCGUAG